CGAUUUUGCUCGGCCUCGUCUACAGUUGUAUCUGUUCGUUCGUCAGCAGUUACACGCAAUCCCCUUCUACCCUCGCCUAGCUCAUUCCAUUCCUGAGGGUCCGACCAUUUCUUUAUUUUCCUCUUACCUGCCCUCUUUAGCUAUGCUGCUCGUUCGGUAGGAAGAAAAAAAAAGAAAAAGGGCUUCCCAUGUUUCCUUCCAAGGUUCCCCGUGUCUUCGUUCUUGCCAGCGUUGUGCUUUUAUUCCUUGUCACCUACACCACUCUCCACCUCUAUCAUCGUGUCCCGCCAUCCUACCCGGCGGCAGAUCCUCAAAUCAUCCCAAUAAAAGAUGCGUUGACCAUAGAAGACUCGUAUCAUGUUGCGGCUCCAGAGUCUCCCAGCGAUGCGUCGACUUCUAGUUUAACAACACCCACUCUACAUCCAACUAUUGAAAAUGAAGAAUCGAUCGGAAACCCGGAUUCUAAAGAAACCCCUUCCCAGCCGGUAGAUGAUAGCAGCGAUGUUAAAGUUGGCGCGGCAGUGGAGGAUAAUGGGCUACCGCUACCUAAUCCCAAGCAUUGUCCUAGGGAUUUGGAGUUUUUGGUUCGCUCUAGCAUCGACCUCGAAUUGACCGAACGUGUGCGCUACGUUCGGCGCUAUAUCCAACCAGUUUUCUCAAGUACCGUCGACAGGGACGAUGUCGCAAACAUCACAGAGCCUCUCAUCGCCAACGAGGUAGAGGUUGACUUAUUCGAUUGCGGAGAUGUCGCAAUCCCUCAAUCCGCGCCAGUUAAGCUUCAAGUUCCGAAGCCUCACCCCGAAUCGACAUUUGCGCAUUUGAUGUUUGGGAUAGCCUCCGACUAUAGUCGCCUAAAUGACUCUAUCGGCCCCUUUGCGCAUUGGAUGUCAGGUACAGGCGCGAAACUCGUGGCUGUAGUUAUGGACGCAAAAGAGAAGUCGUCGUAUGAUAUGAAGCAACUACAAGGUAGUUUUGAGGCUGCUGGUAUUAAUGCGACCUUAGUCAAGCCUAUCAACGAGUCAUACACAACGUCGCAAAAUCAUUUCACCGUCCUGAUAAACAUGCUCGAGUACGGUAGCCCCGAUACGGAAUGGUACGGCCUUUUAGACGACGAUACUUUCUUCCCGACUUUGAAGCCGCUCUCCGACAGCCUUGCCACGUUGGAUCACAAGAUAGAUGCUUACGUCGGUGCCCUCUCGGAGGAUUUUCAGGCCGUUCGAGGUUUCGGUUUUAUGGCUUUUGGUGGUGCUGGCGCGUUCUUAUCGGCACCACUGGCCAAGAAACUCGGUGAUCAAGCGCCCAAGUGCAUCGAUGAAGCAACUGCUAAAGAGGGGGAUACUAUCAUUCGCGACUGCGUAUACACUAACUCGAGAGCAAAGCUCACCAUCCUCCCGGGACUAUAUCAGCAAGAUAUCAGGGAUGACGUUAGCGGGUUUUUCGAAGCGGGGUUGAAACCCUUGAAUCUUCAUCAUUGGAAGAGUUGGUACAAAGAACCGGUCGAGAAGAUGGCGAAAGUCGCCAAGUUUUGCGGCGACUGUUUCCUGCAACGUUGGCGAUUUGGUACAGAUACAGUAUUCUCGAAUGGCUUCUCUAUCGCAACGUACAAGGACGGGGUAGAGUCGGUCAAUCUACAGUUGAUGGAGGGUACGUGGGGCAGAGCUGAUAGCAAGGACUUCGACUUCAGUCUCGGUCCGGUUCGAGAGGCAUACCCCGCCGACCGCAAGAAAAGUUAUAAACUAAGAGAAGCCGAGUUUGUAGAGAAUGGGGAUCUAAAACAAUUAUACGUAAGAGUGGGCGAUUCUUCACAAGGCGAACUCGAUCAGGUGGUUGAGUUGGUAUGGCUAAAGCAUUAAAGGAAUGGCGUUCGAGGAGAAGAGGCGUUUAUUUCAU